CAUACAUCUCUGUAGGCGACCUACAACAAGUGGCUAUUGUCUCAGCCUACACCAUUCGCAGUAAAGGGACUGCCAGAGCAGCGAUCACAUCUAUGCCUACAACACAUUUUCAGCUGCGUGCAAUCUGUGCCAAAACCCAAUUUGUGAGGUUUUGUCCAGUACGCACAAAAUCUUACGCGCGCACCGAAUCCUAUAGAGCAGCUUAAGGAAUCUAAGUGAUUUGAAGGGGGUAGGAUGGCCAUGAACAGAAAGAAUGGCACCUGCACAGCUUCUGUCACAAAGGCGCACCAGGACGCGUCGAAGGAGUUGGAGGAACGGGGUUACUGGGGGACCAAAGCCGAGUUCAUCCUGACUGUGAUGGGAGCAAUCAUCGGACCUGGGAAUGUAUGGAGGUUCCCGUACCUGUGCUACAGAAACGGCGGGGGUGUGUUCUUCAUCCCAUACAUCUUGUUCAUGUUUACAUGCGGAGUCCCCUUAUUCUUCCUCGAAACCGCCUUAGGACAAUACACUAGUCAGGGAGGGAUCACGUGCUGGAGAAGGAUUUGUCCGCUUUUCCAAGGCAUGGGUUAUGCAAGCCACUUAAUCAUUGCAUUCAGUGCCACCUCCUAUAUUAUCAUCAUUGCAUGGGCUUUCUUUUACCUGUGGUCAUCCUUCAGUGCGGAAUUGCCUUGGGCCACAUGUGACCACUACUGGAACACAGACUCAUGCUUGGACCUCAACCAUCCAAAUCUGAGCCUCAGCAUGACAGCCAGACUGAACGCCUCUCUUCCUGUUGUGGAGUUCUGGCAGCGCAGGGUCUUAAAAAUCUCUGGCGGUAUCGAGGAGAUGGGCAGCUUGAGGUGGGAACUGGCCCUGUGUCUCAUCCUAAGCUGGGUCAUUUGCUACUUUUGCGUGUGGAAGGGCAUUAAGUCAACAGGAAAAGCAGCGUUCUUCACCGCCACCUUUCCCUUCAUCAUGCUGUUGGUUUUGCUCAUACGUGGCGUUACCCUACCGGGGGCAAUGGAUGGGAUUAUUUACUACCUGUACCCUGAUAUCUCUCGCCUUUCAGAUCCCCAGGUGUGGAUGGACGCUGGCACUCAGAUCUUCUUCUCUUAUGCGAUCGGUUUUGGGUUCCUCACCUCUCUGGGGAGUUACAACACAUACAACAAUGACUGUUACAGGGACUGUUUCUACUUGUGCUUGCUGAACAGUGCCACCAGCGUUGUGGCCGGCUUUGCCAUUUUCUCUGUUCUGGGUUUCAUGACCUAUGAGCAAGGAGUGGAUAUUUCUGAAGUAGCCGAAUCAGGUCCAGGGUUGGCAUUCAUUGUCUACCCACGGGCUGUAGCCAUGAUGCCCAUGCCUCAGGUGUGGUCAGUGUGUUUCUUCGUCAUGAUAAUUCUGCUUGGACUGGACAGUCAGUUUGUUGGUCUGGAAUGUCUGAUGACGUCACUGGUUGAUCUGUUCCCGACCUACAUGCGCCAAGGCUGCAGACGUCAGCUGGUUCUGCUGGGUAUCUGCUGUACCUGCUGUUUGCUGGGACUCUCCCUGGUCACUGAGGGAGGGAUGUACUUACUUCAGCUGCUGGACCAUCAUGUCUGCAGCGGCACCACCCUGCUCCUCCUCUCCCUCUGCCAGUCUGUCAGCAUCGCAUGGGUGUAUGGUGCUGACCGUUUCUACAACAACAUCACAGACAUGAUUGGUUAUCGUCCGUUCCCAUUAAUGAAGUACUGCUGGACAUACAUCACUCCAUUCAUCUGUUUUGGCACGUUCAUCUUCUCCAUUGUCAAAUAUUCCCCGCUGAGGUACAGCAACAGUUAUGUCUAUCCGCUCUGGGCCAACAUCUUGGGCUGGUUCAUUGCCAGCAUUUCCCUCUCCCUCAUCCCACUGUUUGUGCUAUUUAAAUUAGUUCGUGGAGAAGGUACUCUUCGACAGCGAUUCUUGUUGCUCUGCCGGCCUGUGGACGAACUCCCUUCACAACAAAAAUGUCUUCCUACAGAGGGAACCAAAGGCACCACUGCACACAAAGAGCUCAAACCCUUAUCCCACCCUGAGGAGAUCACUUCAUGAACACCAACGGACUGUUCAGCUGAGAGGUGUACUGUAAAUUAGUGCUUGGCCUUCUCCACCCAAAUUCAUCAAACGCCUAAGAAUUACACAUCGAAGCAGCUCAGCAGUAACAGUGUGUAAUCCUGUCAGAUGUGCCUUUGGAGAUAACAGCUGAUGAGAACACAGCAACUGCAAAUAACAAGCAACUCAUACCAAACUCCAAAACAUUUGUCAGAGGGUGCACUCUCACUUCUGUUUCUGUAUUGUAGCCAUCUAAGACCCUGACAGGCUACUCUCUACCAACUUUUUGAAACUUCAGGUGCGUACUGAGAGAGUUGUUUUUGCAAGUCAAAAGCAAUUUGACAUAUAGCUUAAUUCACAGGUGAUUUUUUUAAAAAUACAUUUCAGUUGAAUCCAAAAUUUCACGUAACGCUCCCCUUAACGCCGAUUGUCGCGAAUUUGCAUCAUACUGCUUUAAUCCACAUUGCAGCCGAAUCGUGCAUGCAUUCCUCUAAUGCCGGUUUGUGCAUAUUCAACACACACCUAGGAACCUUUUGCA